UUUUUCUUUGUUUCCGAUAACCUUGUCUUUGUUGAAAACUAGGGUUUGCUCUAAUGGUGGGUUUCGUCUGUUGCAAUUAGGCCGUGUCUGGGAGAUUUUAAUUUCUUCUGUAAGAGAAGUGCGGUUGUAGUGGCGUCCUAAAUAUAUAAUCUUGUUUUGAAGGUGAGAUUUGUUUGGAAAAGAUGUCAUCAAAGUACCAAAUACUUGACAAUAGACCGAUUGAUCAAUGGAAGGUUACUGAGUUGAAAGAAGAGCUUAAAAGGAGGAAAUUGACAACUCGGGGCUUGAAGGAGGAUUUGGUAAAACGUUUGGAUGAAGCUCUUCGAAUAGAGAGGGAAAAUACUGAAAAUGAGGAAGAUAAUGGUUUAAAUUCUGAUACACAGCCUAUAGAUGAGGGAGGGAUUGAAAAGGUUAUGUCGGAUAUUGCUGAGACAGUUAAAGAUGUUGUGGAUCAUAGUGGAAGUGAGAUCAAGAAGGAGAGUAGGGUGAAGGUUCAGGUUGACAUUAAUGAGAGUGCAGCUGCUUUGGGUCACGAAGGAGUUCUGGUAAGGGACAGCAUGGUGCAAGAGGAGCUCAUUGCUCAAGCUACCACUGUUCAGACUGAGAUAACAGUUACCAAGGAUGUGGUAUCUGAGGUAUCGAUGGUUGGACAACCACAAGAUUUGCAGAGCUCAGGACAAAACGAGGAUGUGAAUACUGAUAUCAAAUUGGAGUCUGAGGAUCCUAAGCUCCAGUUGGAGACUGAGGAUCCAAAGGCCUGGUUGAAGAAUGAGGACCCAAAGCCUCAGGUGCAGAAUGAGAGUCCAAAGGCUGAAGAACCCAAGGGCGAGCUGGAGUGUGUGGGUUCAAAGCCUCAGCUGGAGAGUGAUGAUUUGAAGCCCCAACUGGACAUUGAAGAUUCGAAGGUGCACCCGGAGAAUGAUGAUUCAAAAGCUGCACAUGAGGAUGACAUGCGUGAUUCUUCUGCUCCGAACAUCCAGGUAUCUGAGGUCAGCCCUAAUUUAGGGUUUCAAGUAAAAUCUGAUUCUAUUCCUACUGAUUCUGUGUCAAAUAAUGAAAAGAUUGAAAUAAAGGAUAACAUAAUUGCUGAUAAUGUCAAAUUAGACCUAGAUGUUAUAAAGCCAGAGAUGGUGGAACCACCAUCCAGCAAUGUUGUCCCAGGUAGUGGUGAAUCACAUCCAAUGGAUGUUGGAGGACCACCUGAGAUCAAGGCACCUGUUGAUGAAAGAGAUGACAAGAAUGCUACAAAUGUAGACAUGAGCAAUAAAAAUGAUAGUGCAGAGAUGGCAUACUCAGAAAAAUUAAAUUUAGAUAGAAGUUCUGGCGAUGACUCUAUGGAGGAGGAUGUGCUUGAGAGUAAACAAAUUGAUUCUAAAUAUAGUACCGAUGAAACGGGAGUAAAGAGAGAAAAAAAUGGAGUACCUAUUAUCAAGGAGAAAAGUUAUGUUCGUAUUAUAGGAGAUGAUUUAUCUGCAGAUAAAAAGAACGUCUUUGUUGAGAAUAAGAGCGGUUCUUUUGUUCCUGCCGGAAAAAGAAAGCUUCAUGAUCAGGAAACUGUUGAGAACAACGAGCUAUCAAAAAGACGCAAAUGGAACUCUGACAAUAUAAAAGUUCCAGAACAUCAAGGUUCCAAUCUUAUCCCCACCAGCACACCUAAAGGCACAACUCAACCUACUGCUUUCAGACGCAACUUCUCUAGAUCAGACUCAAUGGCAAGUGAAGAUACACCUAAGGAACGAGUUGUUCCCCCUUCUCAAAAAGCUCCAACAACUUCCCUCAGAAUUGAUAAUUUUGUUCGCCCUUUUACCUUGAAAGCUGUACAAGAAUUUCUUGGGAUAACUGGGACUGUAACGAGUUUCUGGAUGGACCACAUUAAGACCCAUUGCUAUGCCACAUAUUCUUCUGUAGAAGAAGCAAUAGACACACGAAAUGCUGUUUACAACCUGCAAUGGCCACCUAAUGGUGGACGUCUAUUGGUGGCAGACUUUGUUGAUCCACUGGAAGUUAAAACUCGGGUUGAUGUUCCACCUCAGACUCCAACUACUCCUGGGACUUAUGGUUCUACAGCUCCUCAAGCUCAACCUGCUUCUCAGCCCCAGCCUUCACCUCGUCAACAGAUUUCUAGACCGCAGCUACCACCACCGCCUUUGUCUAACCCUACACCAGUUAGAGAACGGCUCCCUCUUCCGCCACUACCUCCUGAGAAACUAGAUCCUCCUAUUGUCACUCUGGAUGAUCUGUUUUGGAAAACCAAAGCAACUCCCCGGAUCUAUUAUUUGCCAUUGUCAGAUGAACAAGUUGCAGCAAAGCAAGCAGAGAGGGCAGAAACAUGAAGCCGUAGUUUUCUUAUUGGUUGGUGUGUAUGUUAGAUACUGGUAAGAAAGUGUCACAUAAUUGCAUCUUUGCAGGUCUGCAGGUUUUGCUUAAUUUGAAGGAAUUAUUCAUGCCAUGAGGAGGGAUCGUAUCUGGUGAUGGCUAUCGGUUAUCUGACAGCUACUUUGGGCUUGAGUUUUAAGUUCCAUAUAGCAUUAGAAUCCAUCAAACUUAGAGCUCUCUUUUGUAAUGGAUUGUUGAUUCUCUUUUGUCCGAGUUUAGUUCACUUUUAUGCCUGAUUUUGUAGAAUCGAACUCUGGAUGUUGUUUUCCUUGUGUUAGUUAAAAGAGUAGGGAGACUCCCCGGUAUUAUUAUCAUGUUCUCCAACUCGUUUGAUGAUUGUGUAGUUUCAGUUGGGGUUUU